AUGAGCUGCUUUGCAUGCUUCAGGCCAGCGUCGGCAGUGGACGACGAGGACGGCGACGGGAAGGAGGCAGCGCCAUUGCCAUUGCAGCCGUCGGCGUCCAAGAGGCUCGGCUCUAGACGCGGCAGCCUGCGCUCCUCCUCGACGCGCAACAAUCCUGCGCUUCAGCAUCAAGCACGGACUAGCAACAUCACGAGCUGCAGCGCGCGCGCCUUCACCUACGACCAGCUCGCCGCCGCCACGGACAACUUCCGCGCCGACUGCCUCCUCGGCGAGGGCGGCUUCGGCCGCGUCUACCGUGGCCGGCUCGAGGACGGCCUGGUGGUUGCCGUGAAGCAGCUGGAUCUCAACGGCGUGCAGGGCAACCGGGAGUUCGUGGUGGAGGUGCUCAUGCUCAGCCUCCUCCACCAUGACAACCUGGUGAGCCUCGUCGGCUACUGCGCCGACGGCGAGCAGCGGCUGCUGGUCUACGAGUACAUGGCGCUGGGCUCCCUCGCCGACCACCUCCUGCUGCUGGACAACAACAACGGCACCACCCGGGACCCCGGCAAGCCGCAGCCGGUGCUGGGCUGGGAGACGCGGAUGCGGGUGGCGCUGGGCGCCGCGCGCGGGCUGGAGUACCUCCACGAGACGGCCAACCCGGCGGUGAUCUACCGGGACCUCAAGUCCUCUAACGUGCUCCUCGACGACGCAUUCUGCCCCAAGCUCUCCGAUUUCGGCCUCGCCAAGCUCGGCCCUGCCGCCGGCGCCGCCGAGCGGUCGCCGCGCGUCAUGGGCACCUACGGCUACUGCGCGCCCGAGUACAUCCGGACGGGCCAGCUCAGCGUCAAGUCCGACGUCUACAGCUUCGGGGUCCUCCUCCUGGAGCUCAUCACGGGGCGGCGCGCGGUGGACUCGGCCAGGCCGGCGGCCGAGCAGGUGCUGGUGACGUGGGCCACGCCCAUGUUCAAGGACAGCAAGAGGUAUAAGGAGCUGGCCGAUCCUCUCCUCAGAGGAGAGUUCCCGGAGAGGGACCUCAACCAGGCCGUCGCCGUCGCCGCCAUGUGCCUGCAAGACCAGGCCACGGCCAGGCCGUGCAUGAGCGACGCCGCCGUCGCCCUAUCGUUCCUCGCCGAGGCCGCCGCCACAGCCGCCCAACCGCUGCCAUUGCCCCCAACCCAACCCAAUGAUGAAGCAAACUUGGAAGAAGCCUAG